AUACUGUUCCUCGUAAUGCUUUUCAUCUUGUCAGUCGAACUCCUCGGCCUCUUCGCCGUCGGCUACACUCUAUCAUGGAUCGUAUAUGCACGAUGUCUCCACCCCCUGAGGCAUAUCCCUGGACCUUUUUGGGCCUCCGUCACCCGACUAUGGAUGGUCCAUCGCAUUCGCCAAGGAGACAUGGAAAUCGUCCAGCGAAAAUUACAUGAACAGUACGGCCCGCUCGUCAGAAUCGCUCCAGACGAAGUCGCUUGCGCGGACCCGGACGCAAUCCGGAACAUCUAUCGCACACAGGCGCCCCUGACCAAGACUCAUUUUUAUCCUGUUUGGGGCAGCAACAGCUUUUCAAAGUACCCUGAUCUGUUUGUUGACACGGAUGAAAAGCUUCACAGCAGUCGCAGGCGCAUUGUCAACAAUGUGUACAGCAUGUCCACGAUCUUGACUCUUGAAGCGUACAUAGACGACUGCAGCGCUGUACUGCUACAACGCUUGGACGAGCUUGCAAAUUCAGAAACAGUGGUCAACCUUGGGCAAUGGUUGCACUGGUAUGCGUUUGAUGUGAUUGGUGAAAUCUUCUUUGGAAAAGCUUUCGGCUUCAUGUCAGAGGGAAAGGAUUAUCAGUCAUACAUUCAAUCACUNGAGACGUUGGUCCCUGUCAUAUGUCAAGCUGCUGUAGCCUCUCCUNNGGCUCAACGUCUGAUCCUCGGCUCUGCUUCGAUCAACCCAGCCACAAGAAAAGCCAUGAAAGCAAUGGCGCAUAUUGAGAACGCCGCGCACACAAGUGUUGACAAUCGUCUCCAGGAUGAGGAAACUGGAAGGCAAGAUUUGCUACGUCACCUACUCGAGAUCAUGAGAUCCAAGGGCGACAAGGCGGACUUUGGCGUCGGAGAAGUGAAGCUGCAGGCUUUUAGUGCUUUGACAGUCUUCUAUCAUCUGCUGAAACAUACUCACGUCUUUGAAGAACUCCGUACAGAGCUGGACACCGCGACAAAGAGGGCGUCUCUCCAACCCCCACGAUUCGCAGAAGCAUCAAAACUACCACUUCUUUCUGCUACCAUCAAGGAAGCUAUGCGACUCCAUCCAAGUGUCGGUCUGACCAUGCCUCGUAUCGUCAGCGACUCAGGCCUUGAAGUUGCCGGUACUGUGAUUCCNAAAGGCUGGAAGAUAGGGAUGAACGCCGCCGUGGUCGGAAGAAGCAAAGCGAUCUAUGGCCCGGACGCCGAUGAGUUCCAUCCUCAGAGAUGGCUGGAAAGUGGUGGUGAGACUUUGGAUAGGUAUAGCCUUGUAUUCGGUGGUGGCACCAGGACUUGUAUUGGCAAGAACGUAGGUGAAAGGAUUAUCAACGAGAUUCGUCUGCUAACGCACUCCAGNAUCUCUCUGAGUGAGAUUCACAAGGUCGUACCUUUGAUCAUACAGAGAUAUGAUAUCAGUUUAAAGCAUCCAGAGAGGGAUUGGAUCACCAAGAACGCCUGGUUCAAUAAGCAGGAGGGCCUCGAUGUAUUGAUCAGAAGAAGGAAGUCUAAUUACUAG